AUGAGCACCACGUACCCAACGAUUUCCUCUCGGCCUAUACAGCCGACAGUACACACAACAUGCUCUUCAUGCCACACGCCUCUUGAAUUUACCGUCCCGAAUCCGAUUCCGCGCCAGUCUACGAGCCUCUCCAUUCGAUGUCACAACUGCGCGUCAAUAUUCCCGCACGCCUUCUAUCCAACUCAGAUUGUCGGAAAUUCCACACAGAAGUCUACUGUUGGAUCCAGUGGGGCGUCUGGGUCAGGGCAAGGCAAUGGUCAGCAGGCGGCAAGGAGAGGGAGGAAGAUUGGAACGCAGGAGCGGCCACUGGAAACUGGCUACUAUGACAUUCUCGGCGUCGCAGUAGAUGCCACAACAGAUGAGAUCAAGAAAGCAUACCGGCGACUGGCCAUCAAACACCAUCCGGACAAGAACCGUGAUGAUCCCAACGCCGAGGAACGCUUCAAGGAGAUCGCCAUUGCGUACCAGACACUGUCAGAUCCGCAACUCAGACACAAGUACAACGAAUUUGGACCGAAGGAAAGUGCGCCAGAAGGCGGUUAUGUCGAUCCAGAAGAGGUCUUCGGUGCUAUGUUCGGCGGUGAUCGGUUCCUUCCCAUCAUCGGCAAUAUCAGUCUCGCGCAUGAUAUGAAGGCAGCGUUACAAGAAGCCGACGAUCUGGAGCCAGAUAAGCCUGUUCAGCGUGAUGCGAAGGGUAGAGAGAUCUUGUCCCCAGAAGAGAAGGCGAAGAAGGAGGCGAAGCAACGUGAAAUCUCUGCGAAGAAAGCUGCAGUUCGGGAAGAGCGUGUCAAGCAACUCGUCGAGAACCUCGAACGUAAACUGGGGAUAUUCACAGAAUCGGCAACCGGUCCGGAUGACAAGGAUGUCACGAACAGCUUCCGUACAAUAUGCCAACUCGAGGCGGAAGAGCUGAAGAAGGAGUCAUACGGCGUCGAACUACUUCAGUGUAUCGGAUACGUCUACCUCUCAAAGGGCAAGCAGUUCCUUGCUUCCAGUCAAACUUUCCUCGGUGUCGGCGGCUGGCUACACAACGUGCAGGGCAAAUACCACACCUUCAGCGAAACCGUAUCUACACUACGCUCCGCAAUAGAGCUGAAGGCGGUCUUCGACCAGAUUCAGGCGGCGGAAAACGCCGGUAACCUCAGUCCUGAAGAGAAGAAACGCUUGGAGGAGCAGGCGGCGGAGAAGGGUAUUCAGGCUCUCUUCAAGGGCACCAAACUCGAGAUCGAGUCUGUUCUGCGCGAGACCUGCGAUCGCGUUCUGGAAGCUGAAGGCAUCCCGCGCUGGAAUGCGCAAAUGCGCGCCGUCGCUCUUCAGAUCCUCGGUCAGGCAUACGUGGACGUUCGCAAGGAAGAAGAUGUCGCCAAGGAGGAGAGCGAGUACGUGCGUAUUGAGACGAAGAAUAGCCGGGCGCGCACCGAGAGCCAGGCGGGCAGCGGCCCACGGCCUUCGUCGUCAUGA